UCCAGACCACGCUUGCUCAGCAUGGAGAUGAUGAGUGCAGAUUCCAGGUUAGGAUGAGUUUGUUAGGAUCUAAGGGAAACAAAUGUUUCGAGGAGAAAUGUGAGAAUCAGUCACUGUAUGAAAAUUAGUGUAGGUCUAUUCAGUUUAAAGAUUUGGAGAAAUGCAGUCUUUAAAACAAUUUUGUGUGUGAUUGUGUGUCACAAUUGUUAAGUUGUUUAUAUUUUAUUGUUAUCAUUUAUGUUCUGCCAUUGACUGUCGCUUAUUCAUCUGUUUAUUUUUAUUAAUAUCAUUUUAUUGUUAUAUGCUUUGGCAAUAUAAGCACUGUCUUGUCAUGACAAUAAAGCUAUUUAAAUUAAAUUGAAAUUGUGUGUCUCUCUCUGAAAGGGAAUACCACUGAAGGGGAAUCUGACAGGUCUCACAGACCUCACCCAUCCCCAGCUGAAGAAGCACAUGGAGGCGGCCAUCAACAUUGGUGUGACUGAGCUAAAAGCCAGGUUUGGUGGGCUCCUGAAUGAUGAGGCUGAAGUCAAGACCCAGGUUCAGGCCUUCAAAGUCUUCAACCAUGACACAUGGCCAGAUGACCUGGGCAGCCUUCUGACCUUUGGUGAUGGUGAUGUGGCAGACCUGGUGAGGCAUUUCAGAGAGCCUCUUGAGAGAUCAGGGUGUGACCUGGCGGCUGUUCAGGACGAGUGGCAGGGACUGAAGAUUUUGGUCAGUCAAAGCUUCAAGGACAAGUCCUACAGUGGCCUGUGGGAGACAAUGCUCACCAAGGAGCCAUACAGGGAGGAUUACAAGAACAUACUGGAGUUGGUGCAGCUGAUGUUAGCACUGCCCAUUUCAGCUGCUCAGUGCGAGAGGGGCUUCUCUGCACAAAACCGUAUAAAGAGCUCCAAAAGAAGCAGCCUUGCAGUCUCCACCACCGAAGACCUCAUGAGGAUCACCCUGGAGGGGCCAAGUCUUGAGGACUAUGAUCCAAGUCCUGCUGUGGACCGCUGGAUGAACUCAGCCAAGCGUGCCAGGCGACCUGACUACAAAAAAUUGUGGGACAGAGAUAUUCUCUGCGUUUAAUUGCAGUAGGCCUUAUGAUGGCACUGUGGUAUAUGUUUAAUGUGUGUUACUGAUUUGACUGUUAAUAAUAAAAUUGUGUUAUUUAAAAAAUUUCAUAGUGCUCCUAAAUCUUUUCUGUGCUCCUAAAUUUUUUCAUUUAGGAGCACCUGUGCUCCUAGUGAAAAAGCUAAGCGUACAG